ACGUUUGUUACCGUACAAUUGCGAAAUGGCAGACAUAAAGCAAGAUUUAAAGACACUAUCUAAAUAUCUUGACGUUACUGGGAUUAAGAUCAACGUAAACUGUGAAACAAAGGCUCCGACUUUGAGCCUGAAUGGUACAACAGUGACAGGUCUGUCGUCCAUAGCAACUUACCUCGCAAAGACAGCUGGUAGGAGGGAUCUGAUUGGUGGAAAUGAUGCGGUAGAGAGAGCGUUAAUUGCUCAAUGGUUGGAAUACAGAGUUACGGAAAUCGACAGAUGCCACGGAGAGAAGGAUAUUUCAACAGUACUGAAGGAACUUAACACUUAUCUUGCAACAAGAACGUACUUCGUCGGAGACCAUUUCACAUUACCAGACAUGCUCCUAGCGUAUGGUUUACACUCUACAAUUUCUGGACUAACGCAUCAGGAAAAGGAGAAAUUUGGACACCUGUCUCGAUGGUUUGAUAAUAUUCAGUCACUAGAGGGCGUCCUAAAGCACCAACCAAGAGCCUACUUUAUCAAGAACUUAAUUUAUGCGGGCGUGCAAUGCUAGUGGUACCAAUGGGAGACUUUUGGGGACACUAGGUGGCAGCAGCCACCCAAGAAAAAUCCAUUGUUCUGGGGAAAAGUGAGCAUGCUCAUAAGGGCGUUAACAAUGGAAAUUUACCUGGUGAGUCUGCUGCCACCUAGUGUUCAGAAGUCUUCCAUUGCAAGAGAAACAAACUCAUUCUUGAUUACUUUUGAAGACCCUGUUGCCUUCGAAAAGAAUUUGACCUCCCAGUCUAUGUUUUGAUUUUGAAUGGGAGAAAAUCAAGAUGCAGCACCACAAUAAAAAUCUUUAGCUUCUAAAGUUGGCCCAGAACUUGAUUUAUCACUUCUAGUUGUCAAAACUUUUAUGUUGAAGGGAUGCAAGACAUUGGAAGACUUUUGAACACUAGGUGGCAGCAGACUUACUAUGUAAAACUAUUAUUAAUGUAGUUCUGAGCCUGCACCACUAAUCUAUACUAUAGUAGGCCUAUGGUAGAGAUCAUUAGUGGCAUGCACACGUUACUACGAACAAUUGAUUUACCUUGCAAGUUUGCUGCCACUUAGCGGCAUCUAAAUUCUUCAACUCGUGUUACUUUAAGAAUAAUCACAACAUCGGAUUUGUGUCAAAAAAAUGUUUGUUGACGAGCAUUCCAUUAUGACGAAGUAUCUCUUUUAUUCAACGCAUCUAAAUGCUGUGUAUGCAUCUUCAUUAUGUAAUAAUUGAUUGUAUACAAAUAAUUUGAAAAAUAAAAACAGAUAAUACUGAAAAUAAAACCAUAUAAAUUUGUCAUUAUUUUUACGCAUUAAUAAUUUUUGUCUUCAUUAUUUUCUGACUAUUUACAAAAUUAUGUCAGCACCUAUGAUUAAAAGCUUUGAUUUGUGUCAUUAAAAAAAA